AUUAGUAAAAAACAUAAAAAGGACUGUUGCCAUCGUUACUUGAACAUUGUCCGAAGUGAAAUAAAGUAAUAUAAAGAAGAAAAAAAAACGUGGUGGGGGAAGGAGAAGAAUGAAGCAAAAUAGAAAGAAAGAAAGAAAGAAAACGAGAAAAAGAAAACGAGAAAGAAAGAAGGAAAGAAGAACCGUCAAAUAGAAAAUCGUUACGAGAAUAGUUUUUGAAGUUGUCUUUAGAUGAUAAAAAAAUAAUGAAACAAAACAAAGCACAGCUACAACUGAGAAGAGAUCGACUAAACUGUAGUAGUAGUAGUAGUAAUAGUAGCAGUAGUAGUAGUGGUAGAAGUAGUAGUAGCAGCAGCAGUAAUAGUAGUUGUAGCAGUAAGAGGAGGAGAGGGAAGUGGAGCAGCUGCAGUAGUGGUGGUUACGGUGGCCGUCGAUGUGGCGGUAACAAUGGUGUUAAUGGUAGUGUUAGUAGUGGUGGUUGUGGUGGCGGCCACAAUAGUGGUGGUAGUGAUAGUGGUGGAGGUGAUGAUAAUGGCGGAGGUGAUAGUAGUGGUGGUCGUAGCGCCGUUGGUUUCGGAGGAGGAGGUAGUGACAGUGGUAGUGGCUGUGAUAGGUACAAGGCUCGAAAUUUUGGGGAAGGGGGCCAGUCGAUUACACCGUCCCCAGUAUGCAACUGGUACUUAAUUUAUCGACCCGAAAGGAUGAAAGGCAAAUUCGACCUCGGCGGAAUUUGAACUCAGAACAUAAGACAGACGAAAUACCGUUAAGCAUUUCGCCCGGCGUGCUAACGUUUCUGCCAGCUCGCCGCUUUACAGUAAAUGAUAUAUUGGACAGAAAUGGUUUGGUAAGAAAAACUGCGAUUAUUUUGCGAACGACACAUGAUAUACUAAAACUAAUAUGAACAAACAGUUUCUCUGUGUUUGUUUUGUAUCUCUCAUUCCUUCCCUUGUUCUUUUUCCCUUUCCUCCUCUUUCUCGUUUGUGAAACCAUACUGUGUAACAGAUGGUAAAGCUAGGAGCUUCAAAAUUACACUUGUUGAGUAGUAACAUUACUGAACAAAAGGAAACAUUUGUAUAACAAAUACACGGGCAUAAAUAUAUAUAAACAUACACACACACACACACGUGCUAUUUCUGUUUUGCUGCUAGAACUAUCAACGUUCCAGCAUGCAACUAAUAAAUGCAUGUUGCAAGCAAGCACA